CUAAACGUGCAUUUGACGUCAUUGUUGGGUAGGAACUGGAAGUUGUUUUAGUUUGUUUCAAAAAUGUCUACAAACUAAAUGGAGUUAACGGCGCUUUUGCUGUUUGUGAGUGCUCUGUGUUUGACUGCACUGACUUCACCACAGGACAGCUGUGGGAGGCGGGCCCUGGUCGCCCCUCCAGGUGUGUCUCGUAUAGUGGGGGGCCGGGAGGCUCCUAAGGGAGCGUGGCCCUGGCAGGUCAGCAUCCAGAUCCAGUCCAGGCACCACUGCGGUGGGACAAUCAUCAACAGCCUCUGGGUGCUCACUGCCACACACUGCUUCUACAAAUACCUAUGGAUCAGCAGACGCCAUUUCCGUGUGGUGGCAGGACUUCAUGUGUUAUCCGCUCCAGGAGAUGAAGCCCAGAUCCGCUCUAUCAGUGAAGUCAAAAUGCACGAGGACUACGAUGUCGACACAGCUGACAACGAUGUGACACUCGUGCUCCUCAGCUCUCCCUUCAACUUCACUGACCAUGUACAACCUGUCUGCACUCCUCAUAAUGUGACUCAUGAACUCAUCCUCAACUUCAGCCACUGUUUCAUCACUGGAUGGGGGAGCACCUAUUACAAAGGCAGGCUGAUGAACAGAUUGCAGGAAGCUGAGGUGGAGCUCAUUGGCAGGAGAACAUGUAACCUGAUCACAUGGUACGAUGGCCUCAUCACUGAGAACAUGAUCUGUGCUGGACUGGAGAGCGGGGCAGCUGAUGCCUGUCAGGGUGACAGUGGGGGGCCCCUGCAGUGUUACAGCGAGGACGAGGAGAGGUUUUAUGUGGUCGGAGUGACAAGCUUUGGGGAAGAGUGUGGACUUCCUUACAGGCCGGGGGUGUACGCCAGGACCAGCAGGUUUGCAGGUUGGCUGAAGAGAAGUCAGACAGCAUCAUUGUCUGCUGCACACAGACUGAACACAAGAGUCAUCUCAGCUCUGCUCAGUGCUGCUCUGAUGCUGCUCUGAUGCUGCUCUGAAACCCCCAGACAGUCUGUCAGCAAUAAAUAUCACUGCUAUAUACAUCAGACUGUUUAAAUGUUUUUAGCCAUCUGGAUUAGUGAUGAAAUGUUCCACUAACUCAUCAUGAAUCUUUUCAAAAUCUUUUUUUGAUAAUUUUUUAGUUUUAACAUCAUUAUUGGUCAGUGCGAUUAGCUGGUUAGAUCUACGAGAGCUUGUUUAAUGGCCUUACUCUGAGUGAUGGUCUCCAACAUACAGUAUCACAUACAGUAUUUUUCUUCAAAUAUAUUUCUAUAAUGUUUUAAGAAUCUGUUGCUUUUGGUAUUAUUUGCAAGCACGACAGAAUUAAGAAGUGAGUUCAAUUCAAUUAACAACAUGUUCUAGAAAUGUAUUACUCAUGUUGUCAUAAUAAUAAAUGAUAUCUUUGAGGCUAAAGUGGUGAGUAACAUUAGUGGUAUUGAGAAGAAGAGAAUUCAAAUCAGAACUAAACUUCAUUGUUAUUUCACACUGAAAAUUGUGUUUCCAUGCACCAGUCAGAAUUCAGCAAUUUAAGAAUCCGAAUCAGAAUGUGAUGACAGUUAAGAGGUUGUUUUCCGAUGUUGCCAGGGAGACGCCAAUGUCAACCAAAUCUGAUCAAACCACACACACACCUGAUAAAGCUGAUUAGCUGGGUUUUUGAAUUUUAAACUUUUAAUAAGUAAUAACUAACUUUGACUAACUGAGAACUUUAGUUGUUGCCUAUUUAGUCUUGAAUAUUUAAUGUUAUAGAGUGAGACUUAAGAUUUUAAACCAAUGCUUCAGGUGCUUUAAGCAAAGUAAAUCAUGGUUCUGAGAUUUAUCACAUCUCCACGGGAAGAUUGGAAGAAUGGCUCCAAUUAAAAUAUUAACAAAUCUUACAUUUUGCCGUUACGUUGUGUAGGUAUUGUACAUGCUGUGCAAUGGUAUUACAUCUCAGUGGUAGAAUUACAACCUCUAACCUAAAAAACUUACAGCUUGAGCAAUUUCUGCAGUGUACAGGAAACAAUAUUCACAGUUAAUAGGUUAUACUUUCACCAGCAACUAAAAACGACCAAUAAUCUAUUUUCCACACUGCAACAUCGACAUUUAUUUAUGCAUAGUAUUAUUGGUACCACUUUCUAAUAAGGCCCCCUUAAUAGAGGGUUUGAGGGUUUAUAAGUAGGCUUUAUCAAUGGCUUUUAUCAAUGGCCAUUGAUAAGAUUAACUUUUAGGUUGCAAGGUUCUGACAAAUAUCUCUGGUUGGUAUUUAUCCUCCUCCAGCAGGACACUUGCUUUGUCUUUUUAACAAGCUUUUAAUUAAUCAGUAAGACCCCUGCAAUGGACUGUUAGACCUGUCUCCUUCUGGGAAAGGUUUUCAGAGCAUCAGGACAAAAAUCCAUCUUUUAUCAACUUAUUAAUAUUUACAACUGCAGUCUCCAGUUGUAAUGUGAUGGCUUAUUAGAAAGUGAGAAGCCCUUGAACAUUUAUUAAUGGAUUACCAACAUUUAUGACUGCUUUAUUACCAAAUAGAAAGAAUCAAUACCAGCUAAAAGGAAACUCAAAGCUUGUUCUUAUUAAUGGCAUGAAAAUCAAAUGGCAGACCCUUGAAACUCUACCACAGCAAACAAGUCUGCAUUAAUUUUUGUCAAAGUCACAUCACUGUUGCAGAGUAAAGCAGUGCAGACUUUUCAAAUCAAUCUGCAACAAAAUUGCAUUACCAUGCAACAAUAAUGUAACUCGUACUCAAGUAGUUUUAAGAGUCAUACUUUCAUAUCGUGAUGUGAAGUGUAUGUGAUUUGUAGUAAAUAGGAUAAAUAAAACAUGCAAAACCACUCAUGCUUAGUGAAGGACCUGUCAGCCAGCUAGUAAGAUACCUUUUACUAUUAUUAAACAACUACUUUCAUUAUUUCUUAAAAUAUGAACUGAUAAGUUCUAGUGAAACUGAUGUUUAAGAUGUGAAUAUUUGUAGGAACUUCUAAAUAUCAGGUAGAUGUGGUCAAAAUUGACAGAAACUGGGCCGUGAUGAUGUCAUAGAGGGAGCCAAUUUCAUUUUUUCAGAUGAAGUACUUAGACUGACACCUGGUGGAAGGAAGAUGCUAUUUUCCUUCAGUGCAGCAGCUGAUUCCUGAAGCUUCCAGAGAUGUUUGGAAGGAAAAUAAGAAAAAUCACAGGGAAAUCUGACAAAGGAUUUUUUAUUUGACAUGAAACACAAUGACAGUGUGACAGUGUUUUUGUCAAGUAAGACAUGUUGUUAGAAGUUAUCGCACCAUUGACUAGUUCAGAAUGUCUUUGCUGCAGCUUGACAAUGCAUAGUGAACAGACAGUUGUUGAGGUAUACAUUGUGGGCCCUUGAGUUUUUUUGUGUGAAAGAUCCAAAUUUCAUUACCUCACAUGUACAUUUACAUUUUGUGCUUAGAAUAACUUUUGGAGGUUCGAACUGAACGCCAUUCCUCACAACACGGCAACUUGAAAACUGAAAUAAAUAUUAAAAUGGAAAUGGAUAUGUGGAGUUGCAUUGUCCAUGUUGAGUUGCCUGUUGAGAAAUUUUUCAUCAGAUCUCAGAGCUGAUGAAAACUGGUGAUGACGAACAAUUUUAGAACUGAGCAGUGAGUGAAAUCAUUGAAAACGUUGGCAUGGAAAAAGAAUGACUUAUUUUCACACAAAAAGGGCAUCCAGGAAGAAACCUUCUUUGUUACGACAUUGGAGGACAAAAGUCUGUCUACUUUCCCUUAUUGAAUAGCACCAAUGUCUAUUGAAAAGGUUUGAAGGCCAACAUGAAAUUAUAAAACUUUAUUAAAAACUUGUCGUAGUGAAACAGUAGCAACAAAGCAAUUAUCACACAGUAGCUCAGAAGCUUCACCUGGUUAUUCAUGAGUAACUCUAACUUGCCCCAGAUACAGGCUCACAUACAUGUCAUCAGUGUCUGUCGCUGAACGAAAAGUGGUUUAUUGUUGUAUGUGUUGUACUGUAUGUUAAGCUGCUUCUAAAUCAAACCAGCUGUUUGCAGAAGUUGUGCAGUUUUAAAGAAAGAUUAAAUCAGGAAAAUAUCGACGAAACCCCUAUAAAAUAUAUUUGAUUCCAAUUUUGAAUGGAAAGAAUUAAAAUACAGUGGAGGCGACAUUAAAAAAAAGGAGGGGAAAAAAGGUUCAAUAUUCUGGGAUCAUUUUCGUACAAAAGACAAGCCUUGUUGCACCAGAAAAGCCAAAUAUCACUGUUAAACUGUACACACACACACACACACACACACACACACACACACACACACAC